AGGACCUUCAUCACAGAGUACAAUAUGCUUUCCAGUGGAUCCAAAAAACGUGCAUACUGGGCCCCCUACUGGAAGUGGUAGAGGGCCAGAAGCUCCAGGAAGCAAUGUUGAAGAGUGUAGUAGUAUGAACCAAGGUGGCAGUACUGGGCACCAGUACCAAUACCGACCAGCACAACACCAGAACCAUCCACCUCAUACAGGAGUCUCCCAGGAUUGUCCUGCUGCUCCAGUGUACCGUGCUGGUCCUCUAACCACCAUCAUGAGCUCAGUUAAUCAGCCUACCAUCCAAGUGUAUGGUGCUGUUGUUCCACAACCACCUGUGACUUUGAUGUCAUCCCAGAAUCCCCAUGCUACUACUCCUCAUCCCAGUGCCCCCCCACCAGUGCCUGCCCCAGUGCCUCCCGUUGUGCCUCUCUCUCAGCCUCAACCUGCCGCCACCACCACCAUUGUGGCAAUGGCACCUAUAACUGUAACUGUUCCCAUCAAUCCUGGGACUCACAGUAGUCCCCAGUCUGUAGGGUCUCCCACAUCACAGUCUGGCGGUGCUUCUGCACAAGCAGUUUCUGGGAGCACACACUCUUCUGUAGCACUACCACAGCUAACUACAGCAUUUGUGUCUGGAAUGUCUCAACCAGGUAUAGCCCCUACACAAGUAACAUCUGUUUUAUCUGAUAUGUCUCAGCCUAUGGUAACUCCAGCACAAGUUACAACACCAAUGGUUAGUGGCAUUCCUCAGCAUUCAGUGACUCUGACACAAGUUUCAUCAAGUAUCUCAACUGGAAUGAGUCAGGCACCCCUUGCAUCACCUCUUGCCACACCAUUUGUAUCUGGUAUGUCACAGCCAACAAUAGCUCCCACAAAAGUUACUGCAGCAGUCAUCUCUGGGAUACCUCAAACUGCAAUAGCUCCUUCUAGUGUUACAGUUUCUGCUGUUCCUACAUCAUCUCAACCUGGAGGAACUCAGACGUCUGUGGCAACUGCAAAACUCACUGAGAUGCCCCAGGUCACAGUCAUUCCUGCACAAGUCACAACAGGCAGUGUCAGUUGUGUGCCUCAGUCAGCUGUUGCACCUGGCCAAGUUUUAACAGCUGUUGUUACUGGUGUACCUAAAUCUGUAACAAGUGUAUCACAUGGUAUAACUGAGAUUCCUCAGAGAGGUCCCUCACCAGAUGUAGUAGAUAUAUCUGAUGAAAAACAGAAUGAUAAGGUUGAUACACAGUCUCCUUCAGCUAUAGUGCCUGGAUUGCAACAGUAUGCCAAAGAUGAUAAUGUUGAUAGAGGGUCAAAAGGUAUACCUUUAGAGUACAGUAAUGCUUCUAAUUUUGGAAUUUCUCAGGCAGCAAAGAUUGCUACAAGAGUAAGUACAGCUGUUGUUUCUGGGAUACCGAAGACUGUAGUAGAGAUCACAAAAACAGCUACUGCCAUUGUUUCUGGAGUACCAAAAUCAUCCAUGGGAUCUGCACAAGCACAAACAGCUGUUGUCUCUGGAGUUCCAAAGACUCAAGUGAUGCACACACAGGUGUCUUCUUGUAGUGUCACUGGUGUAUCUAAACCAUUAACACUAAAUGCACAGUCAAAUACAGCUGUAGUUUCUGGUGUACCACGUAUGUCUGUUGCUCCAACACAGCUGACUUCAACAGUUGUUCCUAGUGCUUCUCAUACAUUGAAGCAUCUCCCACAAGUCACCACCACUGCCAUUUCUGAGAAAUCCAGAUCUAUAGGCCUCCCUCUAAAGGAUACCCGGCCAGUGGAUCAUGAAAUGCUCCAACAUAACGUUUCUCCUUCCAAGAUAUCAUCAGAGGUUACUAGAAUAUCCAAUCACACAAAGAUACCAAACCUUGGAUCAGUAUGCACUUCGGAGGAAUCAGAGAAAACUGGUUGUGCAUCUACUCUUAAAACGGCCCCAGAGACAGAGGUACAAGUAAAUACCACUGAUGCAAUAAAUUCAGUACCUGAGCCAUAUGUAGCAUGUAAAGGAACAGCAAAUAAGUCAGAAGCCAAGGCUACUGAAGGAGUCAGAACAACUUGUCCUGUUUCUCCAAUGAAUGCUAGUGGUAUAGAAAUAAAAGAUGUGACGAAGGUGAAGAAAGAAAAUGAAGUUCCUCCAUCAAUAAUUCGAGAAACAGAUAUAUCUAAGUCUGUGAAUACUGCUCAUCCAAGGUUCACUAUUCCAGACUUCCCUAAUAGAGUCUCAAGACCCAAUACAAGUUGGAGCCCAACACAGCAUAGUAUAACCACAGAAAAAGAAACCUAUAAGCAAUUUUCCACACCAGUUAAUCAUUCCUCAAGUGCAGGUUGUGACAUACAGCAUUCACAUUCAGUUGGUAAGAUGUCAUAUUCCUCAUUAUCCUGUAGCACAAAUAUAAGUGCCUCAAAUCAAGUUUCAGCAUCAGACAGUGCAAGAUCUCCCACUACUGGUGUUCCUUUAACUUUUCAGUCCAAAAAUACUUGUCCCAACAACACCAAUAUCACCUCAAUAAAUGCUAGUGCUGCAUCAGCAGUAGUUCCAUCCACACUAAGUAAUUCAAAGAGUAAAGAGGAGGGAAUCUCACCCCUUAAGGAAAAGUCAAAAGCAAAUACAAUGUGCAAUGCUGCAGCAAAGGCAGUGGAUGAUGCAGGCAGGACUGGGUUGCAGCGACCUGGUACAAGACACCUUCUUUGUCAAACCUUACCUUCGUUAACCAAAACGGCCACUGCCAGUGUAGCCAAAGCAAAGUCUUCAUCUAGUACUAACACACAUAGAAUGUUGGUUAAAUCAGAAGACAAAACUAAAGACACAAAACCAAACAUUCCAGAAAGUGUUCCUAGCAGUCAAAGCAAUCCAAGUCCCAAUAAUUCUUCUUCAAGUACAAUAACCAUAAAUCCAGCAAAAAAGGAAGAAUGUGGAAAUGUAGUUGAUGUCAAAGCUGACAUUGUAAGAGCAGAACCCAUUGUCAGAAAAAGAGGCAGGCCUCCCAAGAUCAGGGACUCCAGCAGUGACAGCUCAAGCAAUGCCCCUUCUGAAACUUCAAGUCCCAGUCAUCACUCAGGGUAUAGAUCUCCCAAGAUGAAACCAGAUGUAAAUAUUACACCAGAAAAAAAAAAUUCUGGCUUGCAUGAUCCUGAUAUGAAGAAAAGUCGAAACUCAUUGCUUCCCUUUCCAGGAACAAAAACUUUGAGGUCGCACUCAGAGGAAAGAAAAAAGUCGCUUUUGCAGACUUCCACAGUACCUACCUCACCUUCAAAACAGGUGGACUGCAAGCAAGAUAUAAAAUCAGGGGGCUCUAUGAAGAUGAUAAACAUCAAAACAGAAGUAUUUCCAAAAAUAAAGACAGAAAAGGUAUCUCCUAAGGGUAUCAAUAAAAAUUUAUCUCCAUUAAAAGUUUCUCCAAAAGAAAUUUCUCUCUUCAAAAACAAAAUAGAAAAUGGACAGGAUGAAACUUCAUUGAAAAGUACAGAUCUAUCAAGGAAAUGUGAACUUUCUUCACCCACAAAGAUUGAUGAAUUUACAGACUCCAAGAAAUACAUAAAAGGAGCAAAAGAAAUCAAGAAAUCACCAUCAGGUUUGUUGAGUGACCAAAGAGUGCCCAAAAAUAAUGUAGUAAUAUCAAAAUCAAAACUAAAAGAUGAUGAUAAGAAAGUAAUCUCAUCAAAUUCUAGCUUAAAACGGAAAAGUAGUGAAAGCAUAGGUAGUAGUAGUAAAGUAAUAACUAAAUCCAGGGAAAGUGAAACGUCCUCAAAAUCUGCUGGGGGUGCUAAGCAUCAAGCACAGAAGUUUCAGAAAAUCAGCAAGAGCACAAAGGGAUCUACUCGGCGAUCUUGCCCAAAUGGAAAGGUGAAUAGAAAGAAAAGCCUUUUAGCUUAUUUAAAGGAACGAAACAACGAGAGUGAUACCUCAAGUGUUGAUUCUGAGGCUGCUGGUGGUGGGAGGAGAAGAUCCAAAAGCAAGGAGGAAUCACCUAAAUCCAAUAGUGCCUCUCCCUUUCCUUCGGCCUUCCCUCCACAGCCAGUUAAUUCUGGCUCCCGCCGCAGGAGUGCCACUGGACAUGGAAAAUCCAAAUCCACAAAGAAGCCAAGAUGGGUGCACAACUGGUCUUGGGAAGGAGAACCCUUUGAAGGGAAAAUCUGGUUAAGA